AAAAGUUUCCCCAAACACCAUCAUUACUACCGCUCGCGACAAUUCGUUUUACCCACCUAUCGACACGCGUUUGAUACUCGACCAAAAUCUGACACUAGUAUCCUUCCGAGCAAUCAAUAUCCAACAUCGACUGUUUCAUCGAUUCCACACCAGCAUUCACAAUGUCCGCCCUCACGUCCGACGCCCAACUCUUCGAGGACGAGUUCAAGGUCGAGAGAAUCAGCGAUCCCAAGUACGACCGCGUCGACCGUCUGUACUGCACCUCCGUCGAUGGCCAGACCAGCAUGCAGCUCGAUGUCAACAAGGAGCUCUUCCCUGUCAAGGUCGGCGAGUACCUUAGAAUUGCAUUGGCUACUUCCUUGUCCCUCGACGGUAGCAAGGACGACGAGAGGGGUUGGCGCGAUGCUGCCAAGCUCGGUAGCGUUGAGCAGACCCUGGCCGACAGCUAUGAGUAUGUCUGCCAUGGCAAGGUCUACAAGUUUGAGGAUGGAAAGGAUGGCCAGACCAUCAAGGCGUAUAUGUCCUACGGUGGUCUUCUGAUGGCCCUCGAUGGUCCCUACAAGAAGCUCACGCCCCUGCGUGUCGACUACGUCUACCUCCUCGCCAACAGGAACGCUUGAGAGCUGAAAUUUCCGGAGAAUAAAAAAUUGAAAAAAAGCAAAUGUUUCCAGCGGCUAAAUAGCAUCAGACCGAUCAAGAGUCUAGGGCGCGAGCAACAUUCAUUGGAUCUUUGGAGGGCGAACGGGCGUUUAAGGUUAUGCGUGGACCAGAAAAGGCAUAUCCUAGGGAAAAGGGGUCUGGGGAAAGUAAUGAAUCAACGAUACCCGGAAAGCAAGUACCUGUAUUUAUGCCGCUACCGAGCCAAGGGCUGUCCAUCUGCCUUUGGAAGAGCUAGUGCCCUGCGGAAGGUGCUCGAUGGAUUCAGGCCUGAUGAGGACCGGGAAAGGCGAUGUGUCGAUGAGCCCGGUCACGAAAUGCGUCGUAAUGCGGCUCGUUUUCAGGCGUGUAAAUGCCGUGCCGAACGAAGAAAUCGAGCAUGACGACGGCACAGUUCGGCUUCCACAUUCCCUGGGCGAGCUGUUUCUGGAUCUCCUCCACUGUGCACAAGCUGAAGCUCUCGACCUCGCCGUCUUUUGGCUCGGGGACGACACUUCCAUCCGCAGGUAGCUCUAGAUCAUAAAUCCAUUGGCAUUCCGGGUAGAUCAACCCCGCCUCGCCUCCCGCGCGCUCGUCCGUGAUGUAGAUAUAAGUGAUGGUGCAG